CAAAAGCAGCGACGCCGACUGCGACGUCGAUGCCAGCGAUGUGGUUGAAAAGAUUUUUGUAUUCGAAAACGGCACAAAAUGCACAUAAAAAUUUUCGGUUUCGGUUUUUGCUUUAGUUGAGAGAAAAUCGUCGCUUAGUUAACGUCGCCCAAGAACUGAACAACUGGCAGUGCACCACAAAAAUCGUUACGAAUAUACGAAACCGAUCCAAGUCCAAAUCAAAAACUUAAAACCAAAUCGAAACCGAAUCGAAUCGAAACCCAGCUAAAGCCACCUGAUCGGAAACAAAUCGUCAGCGCUAAAAGAAGAUGGCCCAACCACAGCUGCUGCAAGUCAAAUUGUCACGUUUCGAUGCCCAGCCCUGGGGAUUCCGCCUUCAGGGGGGCACGGACUUCGCCCAGCCCCUGUUAGUGCAAAAGGUGAACGCCGGCAGCUUGUCCGAGCAGGCUGGCCUCCAGCCCGGCGAUGCGGUGGUCAAGAUCAACGACGUGGAUGUCUUCAAUCUACGGCACAAGGACGCCCAGGAUAUUGUGGUGCGCUCCGGCAACAACUUUGUCAUCACAGUGCAGCGUGGCGGCUCCACCUGGAGGCCCCAUGUGACGCCCACGGGCAAUGUGCCGCAGCCCAACUCGCCGUAUCUGCAGACGGUGACGAAGACCUCUCUUGCUCACAAACAACAGGACAGCCAGCACAUCGGCUGUGGCUACAACAACGCGGCCCGUCCCUUCUCCAACGGCGGCGAUGGAGGCGUGAAGAGCAUUGUCAAUAAACAAUACAACACCCCGGUUGGCAUUUACAGCGAUGAAUCUAUUGCGGAAACACUCUCGGCCCAGGCGGAGGUUUUGGCUGGCGGUGUGCUCGGCGUCAACUUCAAGAAGAACGAGAAGGAAUACCAGGGCGAUCGCUCCGAGGUUCUGAAGUUCCUGCGCGAGGAGGAGACCGGCCAGUCCACUCCAGAACCACACAGUCCCGCCAAUUUUUACUGGACACAGAGCCACGCAAUUGGCGGCAAUGAACGGCGCACUCCACUGCAUCAUCAAAAUCAGCAGGAUGAGCGGAUUGGGGUGCAACUGCAGUCGAACACCCUGGCGCCGGCUGCGCCGCACAGGCCCAGUUUGCCAGUUUCAAAGGAGGAGCAGCCCAGCAGACAGGAUCAGGAGCAGGCCGAUCCGCGCAUAAUUGUGCUGCCCAUCUGCCCCAGCCUCCAGGGACCGGAGUACAAGGCCGAAAUGGAGGCGGCGGCGGCGGCUCUGGCCAAUGACCAGGAUGGACGACCACGUCCAUUGACCGCCAGCGGACAUCCGGCCUGCCAGCUGUGCGGCGUGGGCAUUGUUGGCGUCUUCGUGCGCAUCAAGGACAAGAACCUGCACGUGGAGUGCUUCAAGUGUGCCACCUGCGGCACUUCGCUGAAGAACCAGGGCUACUACAACUUCAACAACAAGCUCUACUGCGACAUCCACGCCAAGCAGGCCGCCAUCAACAAUCCUCCCACCGGCACCGAGGGUUACGUUCCCGUCCCCAUCAAGCCCAACACCAAGUUGAGUGCCUCCACCAUCUCGACGGCCUUGAACUCGCACGGAUACGGUGGCUCAAACUCGAACGGCUACUCCAAUGGAAACUCCGCCCCGGCACCGGUAAACCAGGGCUAUGCCCGUCCAUUCGGUGCCGCCGCUCCAAAGUCGCCGGUGGCGUCGUAUCCGCCGCAGCAGCAGCAGCAGUCGCCGCGUCCCGCUCCCGGCGGUAACAACAGCUUCAACAACAACAACCCGUACGCCACUUUGCCCCGCAGCAAUGUCGGCCAACAAGCUGGAGAGGCUGUGGAGGAGCUGCAGCCAGAAUACGAGGAGGAAGACUGCUUUGAGAUGGACAUCGAGGUGGCACUGGCCGCCAGUCGGCAGUCGCAGCGUGGCUCCAGUUUCACCUGGCCACCGCCGCAGGAUGACAGCCACUUGGCGCCCACCGCAGCACCACUCUAUAUCCCUCCGCCGGAGACGCAACAUGUGGUGGUUUCGAAUCCGGUGCAACAAGUGCCUCCAUUACCGCCUGGAGGAGCAACUGCUCGACUAGAUCCGCAGCCUCAAGUGGAGAGCUCUGCACCUCAAUGGCAGAGCUACUCGGCUCCCCAACUUACCACCCACCAAUUGGCGGAGCAGGAAUCGAGCUCGGAUAGCUACACGUCCACUUCGACCACCACGACAACCACUUCGGAGGAGUAUCAGCGCAUGUACGCUGCCCAGAUUCAGGCCUACCAGAUGCAGGAGCAAUCUGGCUCAGAGUUCGACUACCAGGUGGACUAUGGCAGCACCCAGGAUUCCAUACAGGACUAUGCCUCUGGACGGAGAAGUGCCCAGGAGUGUGUGGACUCGCUGGCGGUGCCAUUGAGCACUUAUAAACUAGUCGACAUGGUAAGGGAGGUGACACCCAGUCCCGUGACCACACCCACUCAAACCCCUGCUCCUGCUCCUUCGACGCGUCGUGUUGUGUUCAACGAUGAACCGGAGAUCAAGGAGUUGCCUCAAAUGUCCGGGGAACUGGAGACCAUACCCGAGGAAGAUCGGGAGGGUCUGGUGAUCGAACAGAGAUGUCAAAUCCUGGAGAGCGAGCGCAAGUUCCAACCCACGCCCGAGAUCAAAAUAGAGAUUGCCCCAGUGCGCCAGAUACCUCCCACCAAGAUUCCCAAUCCCAUGCCCAAGGAGUGGAUUAAUCCCAUGAUUCGAGUGUUGACCACAGCCCCGGAGGUUCCCUUCCACCUGGUGGAGUGCCCUUUUCCCCGGCCCUGUGGGGAUGACUUCGAGGAGGAGGCGGCCAGAGCUCAAGAGGUGCAUGCUCCUCCUCCUCCACCUCCUGCUCCUGCUCCACCUGCUCCAGCUCCAGCUCCAGUUGAGCCCCUGCGGGAGUCUCCUCCCCGGGGAUCCCGUCUCACCCAAGCCAUGGUAACCGCUCCCGAGUUCGAGCUUAAGUUUGCUCCUCCCGCCGACCAGGGCAUCCCAUUGCCGGAGGAAACCGAGCCAUAUAUGCCACCACCCAUCGAAAUUAAACCGUAUUUGAGGGAGGACUACCGCCCCAAGUCGCCAUUUGUGAGUGCCCUGACCACCGCUCCCGAUCGCCCCUUCGAAGGUCACUUCGACAAGGAUGUGCCCAUCCACAUGAUUGACCUGCCCACCCCCAAAGAGCACCUGAGCAUGUGCGAUGCCCUGUGCACCGCCCCGGAUCGUGGCUACACCCCCCUGAACCCCGAGAACGCCAUGCACCGCGUGGACGAGGAGCAAAAGCAGCAGGAACUGAAGAAGCAUGAAUUUCAGGUGCUGGAUCACGAGGAGGAGCUGGGCAUUCGACUGGAGCCGCCGCAGUCCGUGGAGUUCUACGAGACGCGAAAGGACCAGCCGCGGAAGUCCUCCGCCUUCGCGGCCAUGCAAGCAUUCCAGCCAUCCCGCGAGCCGCUCUCCUCGAACCCGGUAUCGAAUGCUGGCAGCGUGGCCGACACCCCGCGGGCGUCGAUUGUCUCGGCCCUGAGAGGAGAGGAGGAAACCGAUCUGGAGUACCAGAAGUACUGCAAGGCCCAGCAGCGCAACCAGAAGAGAUUGGACUCCUUCCACAAGAAGGAGGAGGAACUAAAUGGCCUCCAGGGCCAGCAGUUGACGCAGCUGCAGAGGGAACUCUCCAAUCAGCAGCAGAGCCUGCUGAGCCAACAGCAACUGCAGCAGUCCAAGUUGCUGCAACUGCAACAGUGUGCCCAGAGCCAAGAGUUGCAGCAACAGAUACAGCAACUCUCGCAGAAGUCCCAGCAGCAAGAGCAACAUGUUUUGACCCAGCAGCAGCAACCUCCUCAACAGCAACAGCCCCAGAAAACACAGCAGCAACAGUCCCAGUCAGCAACCCAAAGAACCCAACAGCAACAGCAACAAGUGUCCCAAGUAACCCAACAGCAACAACAACAUCGACACUCCCUGCUCUCGCAAACCACUCUCGCUGAGACCCAAACCCUUCAGGCCCAUGCCAAUACCAAUGCCAAUGCCCAAUCUCAGAGUUCCGCCUCCUACAGCUCCAAAGCGACUGCUUGCUCUAACUCCUCUUCCACAGUCCCACCUGCUUUCGCACCUGCUCCUGCACCUGCACCUGCUCCUCCAGCUAUCGCUGUACAAAGUAGCCACCACCAAUUCGAUGCCCACGAACUGAUCGAGGAGACCGCCGAGGAGCUCGAGCACUCGGAGGUCCUGUUCCCGCCGCCCUCCCCGCUGAGCCACCUGACCAAGCAGGGCAAAGCCGUACAGUCCGGCCUCCACAAGGCGGACAGCAUACCCAAGUAUCAGCGCAACUGGACGGUGCUGCCCACCCAGAGUCCCAUCCGCACCCCGGAGCCGCAGGAGCUGCGCGAGAACGUGCCGCUGGCCUUCGUGGAUGCCCCGAAGGCCCCGGCACCCAGUGACUCAUCCGCCCCCGCUGUACAUAGACCCAUAGCCCAGGCGCCGACACCUGUGGUGGCUCCCUCCCGGGAAAAAGAGCGGGAGAGGGAACGCCGACCCCAGCUGUCGGUGCCCAUCAUAAUCGAGGAUCGCUCGGGUCCAGUAACGAUGGCUUUCCAACCGCUAGACGAACUGGUGCGCCCGGACCAGGCCCUGACCCCCACGCGGCCGUACACGCCCUCGCUGACGAACAAGCCCGCGCCCAUUGUGCCCUUCUACCAGACGGAGGAGAAGCUGGUCUUCGAGGAGUGCUCGGCCACGCACGCCAGAAACUACAACGAGCUGAGUGCCUCGCCCUUUCCGGACAGGACACGUUCGCCGGCCCCGGGACCGCCACCCAAUCCGCUCAAUGCGAUCAGAGCUCCGAGGAUGAAGGAACCGGAACCGAAGUCGACUAUUCUCUCAGUGUCCGGAGCUCCUCGUCUGCAGACGGGCUCGAUUACAACGGGCCAGAGCUACCAGGGUCAGUUGCUGGCCCACUCGGAACAGAGUUCGCAGUCGGCCAGCCAGAGCUUUAGCCAGCAGCCCGAGAGGAUCACGGAGCAGCGAGUGGGCAAUCUGAGCAUCCAGCAGAGGGAGCAGUCCUCCCAGUUGCAACAGCAGGCCCAGUCGCAGUCGCAGAGUCAAACGCGCAGCCAGGUGGGAAACACCCAAAUCGAGAGACGUCGCAAGGUGACCGAGGAGUUUGAGCGCACCCAAAGUGCCAAGACCAUUGAGAUACGCACUGGCUCGCAGUCGACCAGUCAGAGCAGGGGUCAAUCUCAGUCCCUGAGCCAGUCUAGGGGUCAAUCCUCGUCAGUCAGCCAAAGCCAGGCUCAAUCGCAAACCCCAUCGGAUACCGAGCGUCGCUCUUCGUACGGCAAAACUGGAUUUGUAGCCAACCAGGCCAAGCGUCUGUCCUGUUUGGAGCAGGAGAUCAGCAGCUUGACCAGUCAGUCUCAAGCCAUCAGUGCCCGGGCCUCUGCUCUUGGAGAGGGUUGCUUCCCGAACCUUAGGUCCCCCACAUUUGACUCAAAGUUUCCACUGAAACCAGCUUCCGCGGAGUCCAUAGUGCCGGGCUAUGGAACAGCACCGCUGGCAACAGAGAAGCUAAUGGCACCACCACCUGGCUUCAUCCUGCAGCAACAGCAGCAGCAAAGAUCUGCCUUCUCCGGUUACCAGGCAACUACCACUUCAUCGGUGCAGCAGAACCAGAAAACCACCUCCUCAUCGCUAGCAUCAUCCUCAUCAGCAUCAGCAUCUGCUUCAGCAUCGAGAUCGUCGCAAAGUCUAACCCAAGCUUCUGCUAUUACUACCACCACUAAUAACCAGGCCACCAUGGCCUACAGGAGCAGCAAUGGCAGCACCAUUAAGCCUAAUCUGGCCUCGCGGCCAUCCAUCGCUUCCAUCACAGCUCCAGGAUCAGCUCCAGCUCCAGCUCCAUCAGCAGCUCUAAUUAAAGCUAAAGCCCCGAUUGCGCCUAAAUCGGUGAUUGCGAACGCCGUUAAUGCUGCUGCUCCGCCCGCGCCCGCUGUUUUCCCGCCAGAUUUGAGCGAUCUGAAUCAGAACUCUAAUGUGGAUGAUUCUGCAGGUGCCGGCAACAAGAGCGCAGGAGCCUUCGGAGCCACCUCGGCGCCCAAGAGGGGCAGGGGCAUCCUGAACAAGGCCGCCGGACCAGGAGUCCGCAUCCCAUUGUGCAACAGCUGCAACGUGCAGAUCAGAGGACCCUUCAUCACGGCUCUUGGCCGCAUCUGGUGCCCGGAUCACUUCAUCUGCGUGAACGGCAACUGCCGUCGUCCGCUGCAGGACAUUGGAUUCGUUGAGGAGAAGGGCGAUCUGUACUGCGAGUACUGCUUCGAGAAGUACCUGGCGCCCACCUGCAGCAAGUGCGCUGGCAAGAUCAAGGGUGAUUGUUUGAAUGCCAUUGGCAAGCACUUCCAUCCGGAGUGCUUCACCUGCGGCCAGUGCGGCAAGAUCUUUGGCAACAGGCCCUUCUUCCUGGAGGAUGGAAAUGCCUACUGCGAGGCCGAUUGGAAUGAGCUGUUCACCACCAAGUGCUUCGCCUGCGGCUUUCCCGUGGAAGCUGGCGACAGAUGGGUGGAAGCCCUCAACCACAACUACCAUAGCCAAUGCUUCAACUGCACGUUCUGCAAACAGAACCUGGAGGGUCAGAGCUUCUACAACAAAGGCGGACGUCCCUUCUGCAAGAAUCACGCGCGCUAAAUCGCCGACCAGAUGAUUUUGUUCGACUUCAGGGAUCACGCACACUUACCAACAACAACAACAACUAUCUACACAAUCCUCGGAUUACUUGGAUAUCUAAAGCUUAUUAUUGCAAUUGUCAGAGUGAAUAAUGCGUAACAAUUAUUAUUUCAAUUUGUUUUGAAUUGUGCACACAAAUGUUAUCCUAAUUUUAAAUGAUGAAAACGAAUCACUCUAAAUCAAAACCGUAGCUGCAAACGACACGAAAUCGAAUUAGCUAGCAAAUUAUAUAUGAUGCCCAACACAACACACCGCAACACAACUAUUAUUUAUUCAAACAUCGUAUCAUAACCGAACUACCGAUCCCACAAGCUAAUUAUAUAUAUAUAAAUAUAUAUAUGUAUACUGUGGCCAGCGUUAAUUUACUUAGUUGAGCCUGGAAACUGUUGAUCAACCCGGAACCAAAAGCUUACAAAUCGCGCGAGAAGAUUUCCCAAAUCGAUUGGCGACGCAUCGGAAUCGAAAAAGUCAAACGAGGUUGCUUCAGCAGGCAGUUGCUUAUUUUAUUUAUAAAUUGUAUGUUGUAAAUUAUCCAUAAUUCGAUUGUAAAUUGUAAAUGAUCAGCAAGUGAAUAAAUUUCGAAAUCUUUUUCGCGUUUAA